GCUUCUCGGUGGACUCGGGCGCGGGGCUGACGCGGAGGCGGGAGCUGAGCUUCGUCACCGGAGCCCCCCGCGCCAACCACACCGGGGCCGUCGUCAUCCUGCGCCGCGACAGCGCCAACCGCCUGGUCCCCGAGGCCGUGCUGCCCGGCCAGCAGCUCACCUCCGCCUUCGGCUAUGCCGUCGCCGUGCUCGACCUCAACAGCGAUGGGUGGGGCCCCGGCCGCGUCCCCCGCCUCCCCGGGGGUCCGGGGCGCACCGGCCGGCGCGGGGGCUGCCUGGAGUGUCCCCGUCCCCCCGUGUCCCCCCAGGUGCAUUUCCUGAAGCAGGGCUGCGGGGACGACAAGAUCUGCCAGAGCAACCUCCAGCUCCAUUUCCAGUUCUGCGCCCGCCUGGGGGACGCCGAUUUCUUGCCCCUGCCCAGGGGCACGGAUGGCACCGCCAUCUUCGCCAUGAGCGACCAGAAGGACGUGGCCCUGGAGAUCCACGUCACCAACCUGCCCUCGGACCCGGCGGAGCCGCAGCGGGACGGGGACGAUGCCCACGAGGCCCUGCUCACCGCCACCUUCCCCCCGGAGCUGCCCUACUCCGCCCUGCGCCCCUACGACGGCCGGGCACCCUCGGUGCGGCGGGUGCCCUACUCCGCCCUGCGCCCCUACGACGGCCGGGCACCCUCGUGCGGCUUCUUCAAGCGGAGCAGCCGAAAGUCCCGCUACGCCGCUAACUAUUACCGGGCCCGCCUGGGCCUGCAGCCCUCGGCGGCGGACAAGCGGGCGCGGGGGGGCGAGCGGGGGAGCCGCUCCGAGGACGAGGAGUCGCUGGCGGGGCAGAAGCGGGGCUCGGCCCAGGCCUCGGGCGCCAUCCCCAAGCGCCGCAGCUCCUCGCGGUUCAUCAAGCGGAAGAAGUUUGACGAUGAGCUGGUAGAGAGCAGCCUCGCCAAAUCCUCCAGCCGGGCCAAGGGUGCCGGCGGGGUCGAGCCCGGGCGCUGCUCGGGCAGCGAGCCCUCCUCCAGCGAGAAGAAGAAGGUCUCCAAGUCCGUGUCCACCCCCAUCGCGCCCAGCCCGGUCCCGACCCCCGGCCUCACCAAGCGGAUGAAGAAGAGCAAACAGCCCCUGCAGGUGACGAAGGACCUGGGCCGCUGGAAACCCGCUGACGACCUCCUGCUCAUCAACGCCGUGCUGCAGACCAACGACUUGACCUCGGUGCACUUGGGCGUGAAGUUCAGCUGCCGCUUCAACCUGCGGGAGAUCCAGGAGCGGUGGUACGCGCUCCUCUACGACCCCAUCAUCUCCAAGCUGGCCUGCCAGGCCAUGCGGCAGCUGCACCCCGAGGCCAUCGCCGCCAUCCAGAGCAAAGUGCUCUUCAGCAAAGCCGAGGAGCAGCUGCUGAACAAGGUGGGAUCGACCAGCCAGCCCACGCUCGACACCUUCCAGGAGCUGCUCCACAAGCACCCUGACGUCUUCUACCCCUCCCGGACGGCCAAGGCCCUGCAGCUCCACUGGCAGCUCAUGAAGCAGUACUACCUGCUGGACGACCAGACCGACAUCGGCGGGCGCCCCGUGCUCGGCGGCAACAAGUGGAAGCUGAACAACAACUCGGUGGUGGAGAUCGCCAGCCUCCGCUUCGUCUUCCUCAUCAACCAGGACCUGAUCGCCCUCAUCAAGGCGGAGGCGGCCAAGCUGGCCCAGCAGUGA